UAACGAUUCUAAAUAGACUCACGUUUUCUUUCCCACUGAAAAGCAAACAUGGCUUUGCUAGCUGAAGCAAAACGGAAAACAAAGUAUGGCCUGGAUCCAAGAAAUACAACCUGGAGCAAUGAUGAAAGUAAGUUUGGGCAGAAGCUCAUGGAAAAAAUGGGCUGGACAAAAGGCAAAGGACUCGGUGCAAAUGAAGACGGCAUGGUGGAUCACAUAAAAGCCAGCUACAAGUCCGACAGCAGAGGUCUGGGAUGCACACCAAAGGAUGCCGAUGCGUGGAUUGCUCAUCAAGAUGACUUCAACGACCUGCUGAAAACUUUGAAUUCUGAAACGGGUGGAGAAUCCGCACCAGCAAAGACAGAUGAAAAAGCUGAUGGCAGAAAGCGAUUUUACGGCCGGUUCGCUCGAGGGAGAGUUCCAACACUACGUAGCACGGAAGAUCUUGAUUGCAUAUUUGGCAAGAGAAAGUCUGCUGCUUCAACGGACUCGCCAGCCAAAGAAUCGACGGAUUCGUCUGACAGCAGUGACAGUGACGAUGAGGGCAGUGACGACAAAACUGACAAGGAAGAAAAGAGUCACGGACUGACCACCGUCACCAGCACAAGCAGCGUCCAGGAAUACUUCGCUCGGAAGAUGGCGGAGAAAAGGGCGAGGCAGGCUGCUGGUGGAACGUCGGGGGGUCAGGACAGUCCUGACAGCGAGAAGGAAAGGGACAAAAGCGAGAACCCGCGACAGGGAGGGGGAGAGAACUCCAGCAAGGCUCCGGCAGUGUUUGGGGCUGUGGCAUUUUGUUACGACAACGGGGGGGACAACAAAGAGCUUAAGCAGGAAGGUGGAGACGCACAAACUUCGAGCGAUGUUAGGGAUGAGGAUAUUCAGCAGAGUCGAGGCUGGUAUGAAAAUUUUCCAGAGAACGCCGGCUUGAAUGAGAAGAGUGAAGACCUGGACACUUCAAAAACGAAAAAGAAGAAAAAGAAAAAGGAUAAAAAGGAUGACAGAGAAGAACCCGAUCUCUCAGACGUGAAAACCAAGAAAGAGAAAAAGUCUUCAAAGAAAGCUGAUCAGUGUGAUAAUGAUUGUGCCGUGUCCGUGGAAGAUGUUUCGCUAGAGGACGAUGCUGGGAAGUCUGCCGGGAAGAAAGAAAAAAAGAAAAAGUCAAAGAAUGUUUCUGAAGAUGCUGAACUUUCACAAGAAGAAAAUGCUGGUUUGACUGAAAAAACGAAGAAAAGGAAGAGCAAGGAACUAUCGGUUGAAGAAGAUGGAUCAGAAGCCGUGCCAAAGAAGAAAAAGAGGAAGUUGGAUGAAAGCAGCGACGUUCUGCCAGAGGGAGACCCUGGCCAGGAUUGUGAGGCACAAGAAAAAGUGAAGAAGAAGAGGAAGAAGGGCAGUGAGAAGAGUACGGAAAAUGACGAAGAAGCAGAUUCUGUAGAUGAUAAAAGUUCGGACGAUGCACACAGCAAGAAGAAGAAGAAGAAGAAAAGUCGAAAUGUCAAAGAUGACUCACUUGAAAAUAGUGCUGAGCUGGAAACUGAAUCGGAACGAAAAGCUGGUGGUUCCAAAGAGGAGAGAAAGAAGAAAGGAAAAAAUGUGACUUUUGAACUCGGGGAAGAAGAGGAGGAUGCGGACUCAAGUAAGGCCCUCGACACUGAGUCAAAUGACAAAAGUAAAAAGAAAAGAAAAAGUAAGAAAGAAUCCGAGUCUCCUGCGGAAGGUGAAGUUUGCAAUGACGCAGCGGAUGCUCAAACUGAGGUUCCAAAGAAGAAGAAAAAAUCUAAGGGGGAUAAUGACGUAAAGCCUGACACGCCCCCGGCAGAGGAAAGUACAGGCGAGAAAGAGUGUGAAAAUACUGACGCUGACAGUAGGGUGAGUGAAGGGCGCAAUGCAGAGAAUGAGAAAUUGCAGAGGAAAGAGAGAAAAAAGAAGCAAAAGUCAAAGAAGGAAGCGAAGAAUUUGACAGCCGAGGAAAUUUCUGUCCAGAAUGCUUUUGCGGGGUCCAACAUCUCUGAGAUUCCAGGAUAUACAAAUACAGACAAGACAAGUACGAAAAACAAGAGAAAAAAGGAAAAAAGAUGAGACGAAACUUUUGUUUGUUUCUCCUACGUUUAUAAAUUUUGUAGAGAACUUUUCAGUACCGGUAAUAAUGGCAUGUUGACUGUGUUGACUGCAUGAGGGGCAGAUCAUUUCGAUCUUAGUGGCAGAAGGUCUGAUUCGCUGAGCUGAAACUGUGUGGUAGCUGAGGUUGACCUUGUGUUGUUGAAGCUAGAUAGGUGAGCAGAGUAAGCCCCAUUCCCUGUAAGGACUUCUCUGUUGACAUCCAC